AUGGGUCUCAUCCGUUCUAUCACGCAGUCAAUGCGGAACAACAAGCUUUCUCGCAAACUUUCCACAUCGAAACCGAGACAAAGAUAUGAGGACUCGAACGACUUGAUCAAAAUCCCCUCGAACGCGGGCUCCCUGACGGGGGAGCCCGCUAGGCCCCCCUCACCGACCAUCGUUCAGCAGAAGGAGACAGAGAGUAUAUUUCCAGCGGAAUCGCCUUCUCGCCGGGCACCUCUUUCACCUGCAGAUUUAAAUCUACAGAGUCUGUUUGACAAUGCCGAAACCCUAGACCCGAAUAGCCGUGCUAUGAAGGCCUUGUCGAUGCCGCCUGAAUACCCGGUCUACAGACUCGAUACAUCAAAAUCGCCAACGGGCAGCCCGAAGAAGCGUCUUCAAGAUCCAAUCGAGACAAAGGAGAAUUGGGGUGUCAGAGAGAGAGCUGGGCGGCGGAUGUCUAUGAUGAGUCGCAGUGACAAGAGGAAGUCGGAUAUGAGCGGGAUAAAUGAGAACCCGAGAUCGAAGAUUCGAAGAUCGAUGAAUGGGGUAUCCGAGUUCCUGCGGAGAAACUCUUCUGCUCAGAACCCGCGCUCCUGCUCGUCGCUUAAGACAUUGAGGAGCGGGUCGUCGCAAAAAUGGCUGGAGUCGGAUAGUGAUAACGAUAGCCUGGGGAAGGAACAGACCGAGCUGAAGUGGUUGGAAGUAAAUGGGCUGAGUGAUCCGUAUACAGGGCGGGCGUUUGAGUUUUGGGGGAAUCAAGUAAUGGCGCGACGGUACUGUUGA